UUAUUUUGUCUGCACUUAGGGCUGUAUUGGGGCACUAGACGGCACACACAUCAGGGCAAGUGUGCCAGCCAAGAAGGUGGAUAGGUUUAGAGGCCGCAAGUCAUACCCCACACAGAACGUAUUGGCUGCUGUCGACUUUGACCUUAGGUUCACAUAUAUCCUAUCAGGUUGGGAGGGGUCAGCUCAUGAUUCUCUUGUCUUGCAAGAUGCAUUGUCGCGCCCAAAUGGUCUUAAAAUACCAGAAGGUAAUUAAACAUUUUGAAAGAAUCGUAAUUAGCCUUGUUGUAAGAAGAUAACAUUAGGCUCAUAUAUGACAUGAUUGAUGGUUGUAGGGAAAUAUUUUUUGGCUGAUGCUGGAUAUGCUGCUAGGCCGGGUAUAUUGCCGCCAUAUCGUCGUGUUCGAUAUCACCUAAAAGAGUUUCGUGGCCCUCAAGGUCCAAAAUGCCCAAAAGAGCUAUUCAACUAUCGUCAUUCUUCACUUCGAACUACAAUUGAACGAGCUUUUGGUGCUCUUAAGAACCGCUUCAAGAUUCUUAUGAAUAAGCCAUUCAUACCCUUGAAAGCCCAAGCAAUGGUGGUUAUCGCUUGUUGUGCCCUUCAUAAUUGGAUAUUGGACGAUGGACAUGAUGAAUUUGUCUCCGAUGAGGAUACGUGGUAUGCUCGCCUACCAAGGAGUAGUAACCGUGUCACUGACAAAGGGGCUGAUGUACGUGAGUGGGCAGCCAAGCGUGACGAUAUUGCCAAUCAGAUGUGGAAUGAUAGAAACAACAUAGAUGUCCACGAUGUUAUGACCAGCGAAUGAGUUACCAACUAUGGGAAAUCGUACUGAAGAUAAUAGCAAGGAAGGUGGCUCUCGUGAAAAGUAUAUCACUUGGAGUGAUGAUGCCACUCAGUUCAUGCUUGAGUGGUAUAUAUCGCUCCGCAAGGACAAACCUACCACCUUCAAGUGGAGGAAACAACACCACCAGCAGUGUGCUACUGCUUUGAAUGACAAGCUUGGACUUAGAGUCAACAGAAGCCAAGUCCAUUGGCAUUUCAGGCUAUGCAAGGAAAAAUGUAGUUGGAUCUGUGCAGCCUUAGGAAAAAGUGGCUAUGGUUUUGAUGCAACAUCAUGCAAAUUUAACAUUGACCCAUCGGAGAAGGAAGCAAACAAACUUGGUACAACUAAAUACAACUACUUGACUAAGCCUAUCAAAUUCUUCCAUCUCUUUGAAGAAUUAUUUGUGGGCUGUUCAAAAGCUGAUGGCUCUCUUGCGAUGGACCAGUUUACUGCUAAUACUAGUAGUGAUAGUGAUGGCAGUGGUAGCAUCAAGGAGUUGGAAGAAUAUACAUUUCCACUGCAAGAUGGUGGCAAUGAUUCCGACACAAUACCUCGCUAUAGUCCGACAACUGAUGCCACUUCUUCAGGGCAGAAGCGUAAGUUUGUGAAAUCACCUACCAAGAAGAUUGUGAAGCAUAAAACGAGCCGCCACAAAGCAGAGGAGGAUGAGCUGAUAGCUAGUAUCCUUAGGCUUGCUAACUCUCUUGCAUCUGCACAGUCUGUUGCAUCUGUUGAAGUGCCCUCUGUAGGAGAUCCAAAUGCAAGUAUUUGGAAGCGCAUAGAAGACCUCACCAUCCCAGCAAGUGACAAAAUUGAACUUGCAAUCUUUCUCACCAAGCCAGAACAAGAAUGCUUUCGUUCUUAUCUGCGAGUUGCAAGUGAUGAAAGUUUCCAAGCUUGGGUUAUAGAUUACUUUGGGCGCAAAUGUGCUACCGAUGGUGGCUAUGUCACUCUGUGAAUCAUUUGCCAGGUGGUGACAUUUUGGUUAGGGAGCAAUGCAUUUUGAUAAACCCAUGUUACUGUUAUAUACUUAUGAUAUAUGCUGCCACUACCAUAUAGGGGAUGGCAGUGUGAAGUAUAAAGUAGGGGUUAGUGCAAACCCAUGAUGUAAUAUAUGGCACUACUAUGUGGGUGAUUACGAAGUACUACUAUGUAGGGAUAUGUGCAAACCAAAAUGCUGUAAUGCAUGAUGUGUUAUUGCUGCA